AUGGGCGAGGCUAGAAACAUAAUCCUGGCUCUCAAAGAGUGUGGUUCAUCAAGAGUCGUCAGACAUCUUGAUCCAGAAAGAUAUUUGCAGACAGUUGGAGCAGCAGCAGAUUUGUACCGUGCAACUGAUGACGAGUCUUUGAAACGACAGCGUUUGGUAUUUCACACGCCUCGACAAGUCUCCACGGAAACGAAUGGGACACCUCACUUCUCUUUCGGUGCACCAGAGAAACGUGUGCAUUACAAACCUAUGAUCCAAAGCAAAAAGGCCUUGGAAGAUCUAAACUUAGUAAGCGAUGAGAAAUUGACAAAUUUAUGCCAGGGUUCAGAGAUUUAUUUUGAUGAAUCCAGGAAUAUAUUCCCGUACAGUUUAUCCUACGCAGGUUUCCAAUUCGGCCAAUUCGCAGGACAGUUGGGGGACGGCAGAGUGCAUAAUCUCUUUGAAAUAAAAGAUAAAAACGCACAAUAUCAAACUAUCCAGUUGAAAGGUAGUGGGUUAACUCCAUACUCAAGAUUUGCUGAUGGGAAGGCUGUGUUGAGGUCAAGUAUACGUGAAUUUGUUAUAUCUGAGAGUUUACAUGCCAUUGGGAUUCCAUCAUCAAGAGCAUUACAGAUUUCUUCGCUUCCAAAGACAAGAGCAAAAAGAUCGUACUUCGAACCUUGUGCGGUGAUAACAAGAUUUGCACCCAGUUGGAUUCGCAUUGGAAACUUUGAUCUAUUCAGAUGGAAAAAGGAUGAUAAAGGAUUAUUAAAAUUGGCAGACUAUUGCAUUGAUGAAGUUUUUGAUGGCUUGAAAGUUGAAAAGAAUUUGGUGUCAUUAAACAGUUUCAAAACCAACUUUUUUGAAGGAACCUCGACUAUGAUUAAUAGCUCAGAAGAGCAUUCCAAAAAGCUUACUGAUGAUGUAAUGACCAAGUAUGAUUUACUGUUUAGAAAAAUCGCGAAAUUAAACGCUGAGGGAGUAGCCUAUUGGCAAGCUUAUGGAUUUUGUAACGGUGUGUUAAACACAGAUAACACUUCAAUCCUCGGUCUAUCUAUAGACUUUGGACCAUUUGGGUUUAUGGACAAGUUUGAUCCAGAUUAUACUCCAAAUCAUGAUGAUGUCAAUGGACGCUAUUCGUUUUCAAACCAGCCUUCUGUAAUAUGGUGGAAUCUAAUUAAACUUGCAGAGGCUCUAGUAAUUCCUCUAGGUGUAGGAAAAGAGUUGUUACCUAAACUCCCAGUCACCGAACGCAAAGAUUGGACUGAAGAGGAGGUCAACAAAAUUUCGGAGAGAGCUACCGCAAUUAUAAACCUAACUGGAUUAGAAUAUGAGUAUAGAUUUACAGUCAAGUAUGCCGAUUUAAUGGCUAAGAGACUUGGGUAUGAUUUAGAGAUUCCUGCAGAACUUACAGAGGAAAAUUUAUCAUCGAUUGCAGAUAAAGUAAAAUGCUUCACCGUGGAUGUCAUUGAGCCUAUGUUAAAGAUUUUACAAGUAACAGGCGUCGAUUACAAUGGCUUCUUUUUGGCACUACAAAACUACAAUGGCCCAUUUUUGAAUGACAAAGAACCUCAUGGAUUGGACAAAGAUCUUCUAAGAGUAUUCUUCAAUGAGGAACAAAUUUUAAAAAUAACGAAAUAUUAUGAAGACCAUGCGGAAAAUGACUCUGGAGAAACGAGAAAAUUAUUAGAGGUAUCAAAGACGUUGAACAAUUGGGCAAAAGACUUCCUACAGUUAGCGCCAAGUUUCCAGAAUAGAGUCCAAGUUGCUCAGAAAGUAAAUCCUCUUUUCAUUCCUAGAAACUACAUUCUUGAGUAUGUUGCUGACCAAUAUACAGAAGAGCAAAGGGAGAAACUCAAUGAUCCGGAUGCAGAACUAGAUAAUCAAUCCCUCGAAAAGCUUCUUCUAAUGAGUACCAACCCCUACGAUAGUUCUGCCUGGAAUAACUCACUCUUACCAGAACUAGAAGUAGAAUGGAGUACUGUCACAGAUGAUCCCGACCUGUUAAUGACCCAAUGUGGAUGUUCGAGCUAG